AUGCUACUGCCCUCGGAGACCCAAACAAUGUGGGGCAAGACCUUCCUGGUCCGGCGAAUUUCUCCUCACCUGGCCGACGUGAGCCUUCUACGGCGCUGGCUCGACAUCUGUAGGACGCACCACGGCAGCGGCUGCCAGCCCUCGCCCCUGGAUGAGGUUUUCUCGCUGCUCGAGAACCUCAAGUUCAUCGACUUGGACGAGGAGAAAAUCGUCGUCAGCGCCCGUGGUGGCGUUCAGGUUACCGAGGGAUCCCUCGGCCCCAACACGCUAGGUCUGCCAAAGACCGUCCGCGAUGCCAUGAUGCUCGUCAAGGCGUUGGGUAUCAAGUACAUCUGGGUAGACGCUCUGUGCAUCCUUCAAGACGACAUGGAGGAAAAAGCUCCGCGUGGUGCCAAAGAUGGACCGCGUGUAUGGACAUCAUCAGAGUAUAGAUCGAAGCAUGGUCACUAUCUCAAGGCAAGACAUGCGGCAAGCUAUGAUUAUUCACAUUCCGUGGCAAUCUCAAUUUGGUAA